CUCGUUACUUCAGUCUCAGAGAAAUGGCAGCUCGCAUUGAGUUACCAUUCCUCUACCAUACCCGAACUAUCUUGCGCUUGCCAAAGAGAGCUCUUCGCUCACAUUCCCAAUUUGCAUCAUCUCAAGCAGCUUCCAAUGUUCCGGUCGAAGACGGCAAACCUCCCCUUUCCCCAGACGAAGAGUCGUUCCUCAAAGCGAAAGCCCGGAGUGUCUCUUGGUCUCCAAUAGCGCCUAGACUCGCCUCUAAGAACGCCGAAACCACCAUCAGCUCUACCAUCACCGCGAGCGAGCGCAGAGCCUUUGAGACAAUAUUGCGGUUUGCCCCUAAACAGACCGAACCGGCUACGUCAAAACGAAGGUCACCUUACGCAGAUGCUGCCGACACUGACAUUGAGAAUAUUCUCAAGAUAUUUACUUCUUCUCUGCGGAGCGUCCGGUCUGAGCGUGAUGGAUCUCCCCCUGCCUUGACAUCCGAUGACGAUGUCGCGCGCCGGGAAGCCAGGGAAGAGCAUCCCGACGAGCAGUCCAGAUCCGGUCUAACAGAACAAUAUGACACUGAGUCGACAGACCAGCUGGGUCUCUAUGCCACUGGAAACCGUGUUGAGGACCGCUCCGCGCCGAUUCGGACUGUGGUACCAACCGCUCGUGGGCGUACAGGGGUCGAAAGGCCUUUAGCUCCGUCAACCCCCGAGGUAGAUUUCAUGUCCGAACCACAAGAAGAAAGUGACAUUCUCGAGCAAUCACUGGCAGAGACCGCGAUUCCGUCUCAUCCUUUCGGUGAACUCGACCAAUCCAUUCAAGCUGCUGUUCGUGAGCACAUGCACUCCAUAUCCCGAGCCCUACAAGAAGCAGCAUACUCGACGACCAAGAGAGGUGACAUUGCGAUGUGGGAAGUCUGCGAGUCCCGAAUCUUCUCCAUGGCCACGGACUUGCAAUCCCGUCCUAUGCAGCAGCUCACCAGCAAGGAGGAGAUGCCGAGAUAUGGAGGGCUGCGGAAGUUCACAUUCUCCCGAGAAAAGUCGGACGACCCGCGCCAAUUGAUCGAGGCAGCGGAAAGAGAGCUACGACGUUCGUCUCCCUCCUCCGGCACGCACACUACCGACACCUCCGCGACGGAAAACCUAUCUUCCGCAGGCUACAACACAAUCUCGCUCUCGACACUUUCCACAACCCAACUUGCCAUCCUCCAGCACACCUACCCGGCCUCGCUCCUCCUCGCCCUCAGGCUGUACAUAAACCUCUACCCAUCAUCACCCUACGCACUGCUCCUGCUGCCGCGCAUCCGCUCCCUGGGCACCACGUCGUACGUGCUCGGCGCCAGCCCCCAGUUCUACAACUCGCUGAUGUCCCUGGUGUGGCUGACGCGAAGCUCUUUGAGGGAGGUGGAUGGAUUGCUUGCGGAAAUGGAACGGGGCGGGGUCGAGAUGGACGAGGGGACAUAUGCCGUGCUGGGAGGGAUCGAAGAGGAGAGGGCCAUGGAUUUGGGUAGGGAGAAGGCCAAAGACAACGAAAAGGGCGACGACCCGCUCGGUCGUCGUGGCGCGGCGUGGUGGAGGAGGCAGGAACAAACGCUCUGGUUCCCCAGGAUAUUGGAUUGGUUGGACGUUGUGGCCGGCAGGCUGGCAGCCAAGGAGAGGUUGGUCUGACUGUCUCCCACAGUGAACCGCGCGAAGGGCACGGUCCCCCAGGCGGUGCUAGAUUCGUAAUGAAGAGCAAUUAUGUCGUUGCUAUGAACUCGAGCUACGACGCUACUCAGCAUGCGUCUUGAGGAAACACUCCCUCGGGACAGUCCUGGCCACGCAGACAGCUGGCAGUCAGCGUAAGGGGCAGAAAUUGCUCCUCUUUCCUGGCAGCCGUGAAGGAGCAGCCGAUGAUAUUCGCUAAUUACCAGCAGAACUGUAGAAUGCCUGUACUCGAGUUACUGAAAGAUCACUGUUUGUCG